CUUGCUGCGUGCGGUCCGUGGUGUGUCGUAGCAGUUUUCGCGAUGGCUCAUUUUUUUGAGUCAUGAUAGCACCUUGUGACGAGUCCAUGCGGUUGCCCAUCGGUCGCUUCGUGUGCUUCGGCUGUGUUGACUCGUGAAGGUCCCCCAAAAGGGGGUGAGAGAAGGAACGCUGCUUUUCUCACCGGGAUGGAUUCGUGCUUUGGCGCGCGCAGCCUGUUCGGAGGACACUCGAGCACGGACACGCUGUUCAGCAGCACCCAGCUCGAAGUCAUUCAAGACCUGGACCUCUACUUCAUUCGGCAGAUAGCGCACAGCCUCGGGGAGUAUGACCUGGAGCAGAAGAUUGACCUUGAGAUCAAGAUGCGCGAGGGCACAACCAAGCUGCUCGCUGUGUGUCAACACCGACCACAGAGCCUCGAAGCAGCAAAGUCUCUGCUCACCUCGAACGAGCGCAUGACUGCUUACGUUGCUGAGCUGCAGCGCCGUAAGAUGGCUGAACGGCCUAAGCAGGCAAUUGGUGGAUUCCCUUUGGAUUGCUCGCAUUCUCGUGUUGCGGUGUCAGAGAUUCGAAUGCCGCUGAUCUGGAAAGACACAGACCACUUCAAGAACAAAGGUGACUACCGCCGGUUUGCUGUUUUCUGCCUGCUGAAGAUUGGCACUGAGAUCUACGACACUGCUAUGGUCAGCAACGUGGACCGUAGUAUGACUGAUGUCUCCUUUGAUGACACAAUCGUUUUCAACAACAUUCCACCUGGCUUCGAGUUCAAGCUGGAAGUGUACAGCCAUAUUCUACAAGAUGACCUCAGCAUGGCGAGCACACCACGAAAAAUUAAAACGAAGAUCACCAAUUCAGUCAGCCGAGCUAUAGGACGCAAGCUGGCUGCAUCACUGAAAGAGGAGCUGAACUCCUUCGAAAUAGGGCCAAAGUUUCAGCUAGAAGCUCAUGCUACGCUACGACUGAAUGAUGCUGAUGACAAGGCCCACACCUACGAUCUCACCAUUGAGAACCUGGAGAAUCCACAGCAUCAACUACCUCUCUUUGGGCACUUCUGUUGCAAACUGGCUGUCGUGCCAGAUUGCACCCAUGAGGAGCAGCUGUCGGGAUACCUUAGUGUUGUGCAGUUGGCCGAUGGUGUGAGUGGCCGCCGACGUCUAUGGUGUGUACUCAAGAACUUUCAGCUCUGCCUUUGGACAAGUCCAGAGGAUGCUAGGCAUUUACCUCCUGUUCUGAGCAUCCCAAUCAACAUGGAUACGCGGCUGCGCACUGACAACUGCUCUACAAAGUAUAUGCAUGCUGUUCGCAUAAACACUGGUGUUGCUGACAAGGCACAAGAACAUCUCAUUGUUGCUGAUGGCGAACAAGACUUCACAAAGUGGUUGCUUCACUUACGGCAGCACAUUAAGGAUCACGAGCUAUGGGGCAAUCUUGCAUCGAAGCACAUGGAAAUUCCUUCUCCGGGACCUCGGAGAGCGCCAAUGUUUCUGCAUGCUCGACAGAUGUCUCUCUAUGAUGAGACAUCCUUAAAAGACUCUCCCCAAGGUUUGGCAGCGUCUGCAGUGCAAGAUGGUGGCCAGCGCAUAUCGCCAACUUCCGUUCGUUCAAGAAGUUCAAGCGCCUCCUCAGCUUCUAGUUCAGUCAGUGGCAGCCGCAACUUUCCAUUGUUGCCUGUUAGGAAAACAUUUGGUUAUUUCUGAACAGUACUGAUGUCCAAACAAUUUGUUACUGGUUAAAAAGAGAGACAUAAUUCACUUUUUGUCCAAAACACUUGGACAAUUUCUCAUUUAGCCUUGUAUUGCUGACUUGAAUGUGUGCUUUUUUAGCAAUUUUUUAGCUCACUGUGACUUUUAUGUUUAAAUCAUCCCCAAGUUUUACUUCAACAUCAUAGUAACUUCAACCUCUAGUCGCAGUGCCGGCUUGACUAUUCUGUGUUGUUUGUGCUGCUAUUUCACUAAAGCUGCUAGUUUUCAUACCAGAGAAGCACCUGGUGUGCACUGGCUUUCACUGUCAACAAUGAAAAUGUUUUUUUCUGCUACUGUUGAUACGUGUGUGGUGCGUGAAUUCAGCAGGUUUGUGGAUUAAAGUUGGCAACGUAGUGGUACUUGCCAUUAUUAUUACUUUUUCAUUUGAAGAAUGAAUGUGUACUAUAACACUUAUUACUGAAAUUGCGUAGCAUUAAGCCAUUCAACAUAGUAUGGUUUUGUGUGCUUUUGCUCAUUGCAAGUGUGCAGACAAGUAUGUGUGAGUGUGUGAAUGCUUAUUUUGUAACUCCAUCAGUUAUGUUAUCAUCCAAACUAUAUUGUUUAUGUAUGUCAAAGUUAAUUCCUCUUACAUUGGCUUCGUCAUUAUUUUUAUUAAUUUUUUUGCUCGCAUAUUGUUAUUAACAUCCUUCAUUUUGUCAAGAUUGUAGGAGCUGUGUAGUCGAAAUUUUGAUACUGUUAAAAAUUCUAAUUUCUUCUGCAUCAUCAUAACACAAAGCUUAACUAGUGAUGUUCUCAGGAGAAGCCAUCUAUUACACAGAAUCAUUAGUGUGCAAACUCGGCCUAAAGGGCAGCUGUAUGUGGCCAGCAUUCAAUCGAUUAGUAAUUGAACAAUCAUUCUAUCAGUGACUAGAAACGUGUGCCAUUAAAUACAACAGUAUAUCCAUUCCUGGAUUAAACUGUGUCUGGUCUGUGCCAUGGCUAGCUAAAAGGAGUAACAUGUCGGAAGAAUAAGGGUAAGUUUAAACAUUGUGAAGCUGAUAGACACAUAGGAGUGAAAAUUGACUUGUCCGUUUUUAUUGAGAAUGCCACUUCAUUUUCACUGUGUCUGAGUAGUUGCCACUGGCUAACAUGUUGAAACAGGCAAAGUGCUGUCCAGUUUCGAUAGACAUAGACAAACUCAGGCUACAGUUCAUCCCAAGCCUGCCUUUUCACAAUAAACUUUUCCUACAUUAGGGAAUGGAUUGGUGAGGCAGGUGCUGGAAAGUUGGUUAUCGUCCUUUUCCACACUCUCUGAAUAAACACAUGCAUGCCUGAUGCAUUAUCACAGCAGAAAUAAUUUAUGGCACACGUUUGAUGUAUGCCCUCAUGUUGGCACAAUUUUCUACUAGCUCUCACUACACACUGCCGCGUACCUAACGAUAAAGCAUAGCAUCUAAGCACCCCUAUCUGUAAUGUAGUUUGCGCUGAUGACUGAUGGAAUGUGCAUACGACUGAUGGAAGAAGAGGAUAGACAAGUGCUGUGCACCACUUGUCCUGUCCCCUUGUUUAGUCCGUCAUUUCUGCAUUUCGCUUAGAUUGAUUGAUAUAUGGGGUUUAAUAUCCCAAAACCACCAUAUGAUUAUUAGAGAUGCCGUGGCGGAGGGCUCCGAAAAUUUCGACCACCUGGGGUUCUUUAAAAUGCACCCAAAUCUGAGCACACGGGCCUACAGCAUUUUCACCUCCAUCGAAAAUGCAGCCGCUGCAGCCGGGAUUCGCUCCCGCAACCUGCGGGGCAGCAGCCGAGUACCUCAGCCAUUAGACCACUGCGGCGGGACUGCAUUUCGCUUAGCACAACUACAUUACAAUGCCAUACUAACUAGCCCUAAUUGAAGCUUUGAUAAACUGCUGUCAUCGCCACACAAUAAAAGCUACAGUGUAGGCUCCAUAAAAAUUUCAGUAAUCAUGAAUAGUUACCCAGAUGCUGCUUAUCAGUGUUUAGGAAACCUAUGCCAAAACUUUGUACAUGCCUACAGCAGCACAAUGACAUAACAGCUCUAGUGUUGGAGAAAAAAAAUUUUUCUGUCUGGUUGAUGUAGUACCCAGUAAAAGACGAAUCUCCGGCCAAAGUUUCUUUUAAAGAAAAAUUGACCCAACUUUUCCUACAAGGUUAUCUCUGAAGUGUAGGCCUCUUCUGCCGCCUUUAAGAGCCCAAAUGAGCCUUGUAAUGUUGAAUUAGCUUUUGUUGAAAACAAAUCUUGGCUGUAAUGUCAUCCUUUGCUAUGUAUGUAUUGUACUAUUUGCAUGGCAUCCCCAUGAUAUGCCUUCAGUCUUCUAGGGUGCUCAAAUUGCUGUAUCAGUGCUGGUUGCGUAUUGAAGAAGUUUAAAAUCUCUUCCUAGUCCUUUCAUCACAAUAAAGAACACUCACGAUUUAAAAACUUCUUUUAUCGGUUCGUUUACAUAUGCUGAGUUCGUCUGUUUCUGGUACUAUUUCGUGUUUUCACACAUAUGGUCACACAUGUAGUGACCAUAUGUGUCAUAUGUGACGGUUGCCCCAGCAGCAUUCUCCCUGUGUAGUACAGAUCUUGUGAAAGAAGCAACAAUGUGCGCAUGAUUGCUCGCUGUGUUUUGUUGUACUUCACACAAUAUCAGCAGUAGAGAGUUUUAACCUGUCUGCAAAUAUGCUGUAAGCUGUCGUGGAUCCGUUACGAUGGAGCAGUGGUUAUUGUGCUCAGCUGCUGACCCGAAGGUUGCAAGUUUGAUACGAGCUGUGGUAGUUGCAUUUCAAUAUAGACGAAAUGCGAGGCCCAUGUAUUGUGCAAUGUGAGUGCUUGUUGAAGAACACCAGGUGGUUGACACUUCUGGAGCCCUCCACUAUGGCGUCUCUCAUAUUAGAUUGUUGUUCUGGGACAUAAAAUUCCACAUAUUAGUAUUAUUGUUGUGUAUUAUCAGCUUAGUGAAAAGGUGUAUGGCGACAUCCAAGGUGCUUCGAUACCAUUGCGCCCUAGCAACACGCUGCUGCUAGCAACACCUUGUAAUACAUACACAAUGUAACAAAAGAGCAGACCAAGUUAACAUUGCAAAGAUAAAAUAGUACUUCAACUGUAUUGAGAAGAAUUGGCUGGGGAAUAAUUACCAUCAUGCAAUUUUUUGUUGCUACAGCAACAUGGACACACCAGGUCCAUUUUUGUCGGCAUCACUGGAGAUUUCGUAUGAAGUCCAAAUGCAAUACCCGACACGGUCAUAUGUUCGAUGUGCAAGAGCAGCCGACAAUCAUGGCUCAAGUUGAGGUGAAAUUCACCCGCAGCCGCCUGUCAUGCGCGAGACCUAUGGGAGUUUUGGGAGAGAGGCUGCAUGACUCCGGCACAUACUGAACGCUUUGAUUGGCGGGGCAUGGUCACAGACGCCCUAUCUUGACAGGGAUUAGCAGAUGCCUCUUACAAUUGCACAUGCUGUGUUCUUGCUGCUCAUUUGGCAUUGAAGCGGCAGCAUGAAGGUUGCUUACCUCGCUGCAGCGGUUGUAUUUUUCCUACAUCUGUUUUGUUGAUUUACACCAGGUGGGGUGCUUAAUUAGGCUGUUAUCUUCUGGCCUCACUUGGUAUAGCAUUCCAAUUUGUUGCUAUUGUAUUCAUUGCUUCGCCCUUGUGGGGAAGCUGUGACUUUUUACGAUUUUUUUUUCGAGGAUGGCCAAAUGACAUCAAAAUUUUUCUACUGCAUUCUAAAUUUAAAAACCAUCACAAGAUGUGGUUACUAUUUCUGUUAAUGCUUAACUUACACCAGAAAUACAGAGAUGGUGACAUGUUUACAGACAUGCUUAAACUCUCUUCUCUUUAGUAUUUUUUAUCAUGUGAUGGUUGUGCUUGGUAGCAAUGGGAAAAACAUGAAGCGGCAUAAGAGACUGCUAGUGAAGUCAUGAGUGUGUGCAUCUGAUUUUGCUUUUGAUUUAUUUGCCGAUUCAUAUCGCUAAAGUUAUGUCACUACAUAUAACUGCCAUGCCAGAGAGACUACAGUUUUUAUGCUGUGAAUUAUCGUCAUAGGAUGCUUGCACACGUAUUUUUUAUCUCAAAACAUUUUGUGCCAGCAUGAGCACUGGUUGCAAGCUGCAUUGUGAUAAAGUGGCCUCUGUACUGAACCUUAAGUAUAACUAAAGAGAAUGUUUUCUUAAGCAAGUUGGUUCAUUAUUGGGGAGGAAGAACCAGAAGCCAGGGAAAGAAACAAGAGAUGGGUACCAGUGCUGUGUGCAUGUAUAGACCUUGUUUUCCCACACAAGUAUUAAUUGAGUUGCACCUGGAUAUAUUGUAUUACUCUAUAAAUUAAACAGUCAUAACACCUUCUUGGAAAGGCCACACCAUAUGCAUAUGUCAAACUACCAUUUAUCGGCACACUUGCUAAGUCACACACUUUUCUCAUGAAGGUGUACUCCUAAGACAAACAUCUUUUUUUGUAAUCACAAAUGAUGUUUAUAGAACUAGUAACCAGUUUUUGUAAACAUCAAUUGGAAAUAGGCUGACAGAACGGCACUGUUUUCGGCAGAUGUGGGGAAACAGGGCAUUGAAUCUGAAGGGUAGUAGAAGUCGUGAAGUUAAAAUGAACAAGAUGCAUAUCUUAAAGGUAUGGAUGACUCGUGCAGAAGCAUUUUAUGUGCACUUCAUAUAAAUGAUUUUGCAAAAAUAAGAUUCACUGCAAUGCAGCCACACAGUGUGGUAAAGUUGGUGGAAAGUGGUAACUGCCGUUUAGUGAAGCCACUACCUUCUUUCAAGGAUGCCAAUGGUCCAAUAUGCAUGCUUUGAAAGAAGAUGUGGAUAAAAAUGAUUAAACCUUUAUAUCUUCAGUAUAGUCGUAUAGAAACUAAGUGGUGAAUUCCCACAUUUCACUAUUAAAGACGCUUUAUGAAAUGAUCGGCUUAAGUCUAUUGAAGAAUAGUGGCCUAAAAUCUUCUUCACUAAAGGAAGGCAUUUUGUAAUUCAAGUUAUCUCUGUAUCAAAUUACUUUGCAAUCCACUUGAGUUCGAUGUAUCUAGGUUUGACUGCAGUAACUUAGCAUGGGUGUGUACUGUGUUGUUCCAGCAUACUGUGCAUUUCAAUACGAAGCAAUGUGAUUUUCACUAUUUAUUGCAGAAUCCCACUUGCACACUUUUGCAUGUAUUUUUAAUGUGCAGACACAUUGCUGAAUUAUACUCUUCAUUGUACAUCACAGCUUAAUCCAAAGUCCUCAUUAGAAGGAUAAAUGGCUUGUGUAUAGAAGGGGCACAUGGCUGGGUAUUGAUUGGUUGCUUCAAAAAGAGAAACACAUUUUUUUAGAACCUGCAGGUAUAGUUUAUAUUAAUAAAAGUAUGUAUUCAUGUACCGUU